GGAGGGGGACAUAUGUGCACACUCUCCGGGCUCCCUCCCCCACUCGAUAUCCCUUCCCGCCUGCAGCUCCCCGCGCUGUGUUGCGUACCCCCCCUGGUGGCCCAUUCUUUGCAAGUUCCCCCCCUCGCCCCUCCUCGCCCACAUGUCCCGGCCGCGGGUAGGCUGGCUGUUGGCCACGGCGGCCGUGCUGGCUGGGGGUGUCCCCGGCACGGCGGCCCACCCGCCGCCAGGUGCCUCGGCCGACGCCACCAAGAUCGACCAUACCGAUGUGCGCUCUCCUUGCCCGCCUGCACACCUUGCCCGGCCGGAUGCUCACCUCUCAGGACAUUGGGUCUGGGCCAUGGCCCGAAGCAUGGCCGGAUGCACUUGCUCCUGUUCGGGCUCUAUGCCCUGACGCUGGCCGGAGCCCAAGCCGGGCUGGUCCUGUGGCACCGGCGCUCGCCGCGGACCUUCCGCCUGGCCAGUGCCGCCGGGGUGUGGUUCAUUCCGGCCGGGGUGGCCCUGGCCCGGGGGUACAUCCCGUUCCUGGUGGCGUGGGUCCCCUUCACGGCGAUCAAUGUGGCCAUGUUGUGGCAUGCGCUCGGCCGGCGGCGCCUGCUGCCGGUGGCCCCGCGCGCGGUCUACCAGUGGCAUCUCCUGCUUUUCCAGCUGUCGAGCGCCCUGUCCUCCGCCGGGUAUGCGCUGCUGGUGGGGUGCUUUCUGGGGGCCGGGUCGGUCGGGGCCGGCCGGUCGUCCGGGCUCUGGGCGGCGUCCCUGCGCCUGGCGGCGCAGCUCUGCUUCUACGGACUAUACUUCGGCCUGCUGGCGCGCGAUUGCGCGGUCCUCUGCGCCGAGCGCAUGCUGCUGAAGAUGCGCCUCUUCGCCGGGCCCGGGGUCAAGGUGGCUGGCAGCCCCGGGGCCGGGGCCGGGGCCGGCCCGGGGAGUGGCUUCCUCCGGACCGCCACCCGCUUGACCUCCUCGUUGUUGGUGUCCGGCCCGCCGGCCCCCGGGGGGCUCCUCCCGACGCAUGUGGCCCACGCCGACUCCCCGGCUCCCAGGGCGCAGGACCCGGCCGAGUUGCUGUCCCCCAGCAGCGGGGAUCUCGGGUCGCAGUCGCGGCUGGCCGACGAGCUGGGCGUGCAGCUUCCCUUUGGCGGCGCCCCCUCGCGGCUGGAUGACGGCCUGCUCAAGUGCGGGCUCUGUGCGGCCAGCUUGCCGACGCCCAAGCACCUGGUGCGGUCCGGCGGCCCGGGGCCCCGGCGGCCCGGGGCCCCGGCGGCGCCGGCCUCCAUGGCCCAGCUGCUGGAGUCCGCCGUGGCCCUGCCAGUCUGCGGGCACUUCUUCCACCAUGCAUGCAUUCGUGGGUGGGCCAUUGUCGGCAAGAUCGACACCUGCCCCGUGUGCAGCGAAAAGGUUGACUUGGCUUUCUUCCGAGGCAAUCCAUGGGACCGAGUCGGCUGGUUCCACUCCAAUGUCCUGGCCGUGGCACGGCAUAUCCUGGUAUGGCAGCCGCUCAUUUUCCUGGCCGUGCGCUGGCUGAACACGCGCUUCUUUGGCCUACACUGACGGCGAAAAAUAGAGAGACAUGAGCUCGGUGGUUUUUCC